CAGCAGCAUCGUGGAGGGCUGGCGUGCCAUUGGCCCCAAUCACAAUGACUGCUCCUCUCCAUUCUCAGACUCAGCACCUGACCGUGAUGAGCGACGCCGAAGUUUGCGACGUGGUUGAGGACACAUUUACUUUUCGAUUCGAUAAAUUGUACGACUUCGUGCGCGGGCACGUGGUUGACACCUUGCGGAAGCCGCGGUUAGUAUUGGCUGUAGGAUGGCAUGAGGAGACCAGCACGCCUACAGGGGAGUUGGACGUACAAUUUCAAGCCAUAUCCGUGGCGAGAAUUUCGUUCCGCCCUCAUUGGACGGCACCAUACUUAGAUGUCAGCAUGCAGACUCCGGCGUCCCGAGUCUUUCAAUCUGCAUUUGCCUCCCUUGCAACUACCGCCGCCUUGUCUACCGCCCUCCGCAACAUUCAAGCCCUACCGGAGUCAUUGGAAUACACUAAGGGUGCAGGUGAUGUAUUCAAUGGGACCUUUGACAGAAUACGCCGCGGUUUGUGGGACCUGAUAGACUACGGAAAGCCCCUACUCUUUGCCGGAGCUCCGUUGCCGCUUGUGCUAUUUGUAACAAGAAAGGACCAAGGAUCUUGUUCCAAUGAGAGAAAAUAAAAAUGAAUUGGGAGCAAGCUGUUGAAUACGUGUAUCAUGGAAAGUUUGGAACAAAAAUAAUUGUGCAGGAUGAUGGAG